AUGCAUCCUGAAGAACCUCCUCAAAUGGAUAUGGAACUUCUACAUCCCCAUGGAACGAUUCCGGCAAUUGAAGCAUCUCCAUCACGACUUCUACUCGAACAACCGCCAAGAACUCAGAAUUCUAUAUCUGAUUUUCUUUUAGUGAAUGGAAACAAGAUCACCCCAGAGAUUCUCUCAACGGUUUACGAGUCUUACAAAAGCCAUCAACAGAAUCCAACUUCAUCAUCAGUACCUCUCCAAGGAACAGAGACUCAAAGAAACAAAAGCAAAGGUAUUGAUACCAUGAAUGGGUUCGAUGAAUUACUUGCGGUGGAAGCCUCUCGUUAUCACGCUACCAAACAAAAAAAGGACUAG